UGUUAUUAAAGUGUAAUACCCCUAUUCUGGCACCUCAACCCCCUUACAACCUCAGAAGUGGGAUAAAAAAUCCAUUUUCACUCCAAAAAGUAAAAAAAAAAUUGUUCCCUCCAUUUUUAACAUCUCCGUCAUCAUACAUUUCCUCCUAUUUUAUUCGUGUUUUGAAUCCGGGAUUCAAUCGCUGGUGUAUUUAUCUGGGAUAAAUCAAUAAUGCCACCGAAAAAAGACAAUAAAAUGGACGAAGAUGUCGCAAAUGUUAUCAGUGAGCUACAAAACCAAUUGAACAAAAUGCGAUCCGAAUUGGAUCUAUUACAAUCAAGUCAAUCAACUCCAAGAGUUCAAACCGAGUCUCAACAAGUUCUGUGGAGUGCUUUGACAAAUCGACGAAACAUUGGAAGCAAAUGCAAUUGUCUUAGUUGUCAAAAGAAAAAUGGAAAUGGCGAAUGUAGCAAACCUGCAAAACCACCUUGUUGCUGCCCGCCUCCGCCACCACCUUGCCCUCCACCUUGUCCACCACCACCAUGCUGCUGCCCACCUAAACCGCAGCCACCACCACCACCGCCACCUUGCCCAUGCCCGCCACCACCACCCCGAUGCCCACCACCACCUUGCCAACCUCCUCCACCACCACCUCCACCAAGAUGUCCUCCGCCGUGCCCUCCUCCAUGCCCAAAACCAUGUCCACCACCCCCACCAUGCCGCCCCCCAUGUCCGAAACCAAAACCUCCUCCUCCUUGUCCAAGAUCUAAACCUUGUCCACCACCUCCAAAGCCCUGCCCACCAAUCACACUACCAUGUUGUCCACCAAGAAAAUGCCCACCUCCAGAACCACCAUGUCCGCCAACAACGCCUACCUGUUUACCACCAAGGAAAUGUCUGUGUUUAUGUUGUUUCAGUAACAAAAAAAAUCUACCUGAAUGUGAAGAAUUAAAAAAAUUUCCUCCACAAAAACGAGAUUUCAUACCGCCUAAAGCUCACCAAGAGCCACCAUCAUUUUCAGAUCCUCCAGAUAGCGCCGACUUCCCGGAUCGAACACAAGAACCAACAAGAUAUUUUGCAAGACUUCGUAAAUUUUGUGUAACGACCGAUCAGUAUUAUCCAAGACCGACAGGACCAACUGGAAGAGAUCCACCUGAACGUGAAAGGAAAAUUCAACCACGUCAAAAACCGUUACCAUGUCCAAGUCAACCAUGUGUCCGUGACGAUUAUGUUCAUUGUAACAUAAGACGCUGUCAAUGUCCACAACCAAUUUCAAAUCUGAAACCAGAAACUAUGUCUAUGAAAUCAGAACUAAAUCCAGAUCAUCCUCUUAUGUAUCAUAACACACAACCAAUGUAUAGAGAAGAAAAAACUCCAUAUCCAGAAUUGAUCGAAAGAAGAUAUCCGUGGGAAUCUAGAGGUCAAAAAACCUAUUGUCAACAGGACCAAAAUUUGUGGAGUGGUUUGACAUCUAAACGAAACAUAAGCAGAUGUAACUGUCUCGCCUGUCAAAAGAAAAAUGGUUGCAAGCCUCCAGAACCUCCUUGUUGCUGCCCACCUCCACCACCACCGCCUCCACCUUGUCCAAAGCCUUGCCCACCAUGCUGUCCCCCGCCCCCUCCACCUCCUCCACCAUGCUGUUGCCCUCCUCCGCCACCGCCUCCACCACCACCUUGCUGCUGUCCACCACCACCACCUAAACCAAAAUGUUAAUGAAGGCUUGACAAUUACUUAGGAAAUUUAUGUAAAAAAGACACCAAAAAUAAAGCAUAAAGCAAAUGA